AUGCAGCCUAUUGAGAACCCUGCAGCAGCAUCCUGGGGCCUAAAUCUCAGUGAAAAAGACUUCGCAGCGCUCAAACGCGGUUGUAGGAUUCGAGAUAUGGAUGACAGAUGGGCCUUUGUUUAUAUGACGGAUCAAGAAUUACUAGAUGAACUAUCGGCUGAAAAGAAAGCAACGACGGAUGAAGUGCUGACAGAUGACCAGCUGUUGGAUGAACUUGAGAUGGAGGAGCCCUGGAUGGAAGAAGAAAGGACGGAAAAGGCUGCGCCGGCUCGAGUUGUAACGGAAGAAGACAUGGCGCAGGGUGGUUACAUCUCCAUCCGCCGAACCUGGUCAAACAUUGAGCUCUACAGACUCGUUCUGACUGUUCAGCCAAGCGAGGGCGGCAUCAGUAGAAAGAUCGAAGCCAUCACCUGGGAGCAGCGCGAAGAUCAUCUCAUCUCGGGAGAGCAAGCUAAGAUGGACGUCGUCCUUCUUUGCAGGUCACACCUUGAGUGCGAUCUUGCCGCUGCUCCAGACAAUGACGCCUUACAGUUUUCCGGCCUUCUGUAG